AUUUCAUAACAUUUGUGUUUUCUACGCAGAUUUGUCUAAAAUUUGUGUUCCCCCUUGCUAUUUAUAUUUAUAUAUAACAAAAAUGAAUAAAAGCCUCGCCAAUCAAAAACCAAAGCCGCGCUCCAUAUCGGGAAUGCUAAAGAGGGAAGUCGCGGAAGAAAUCGUGGAGCAAAGGAAACUGGGCGCACAACUGGACCGGCAACUGACCGAGGAUGGCAACAAAGUUCCGACACUCAAAGAGCUACGGGAUCAGGACAACGAGCUGUUCAAACAAUUGCAAGAGGAGAUGGAAAAAACUGAGGUAUUGCGCCAAAGGAUUAAGACCAAUAAAGAAGCUGUCAAUAACGCGACGAGCGAAUUGCGGAAGAAGCUGGAUAUUAUCGACCAAGAGAAUAGCUGUUGCAUAUGCUUGUUGCACUGGAGUGCGCGAGGCCACCAUAGGCUGGUGUCGCUAAAAUGCGGCCACCUUUUCGGGGAGAUGUGCAUCCGCACCUACUGGCGGCAGUCAAAUCGGUGCCCCAUCUGCAGAGUGGUCAGCUACGAAGACGACAUCCGUCAGGUGCAUCCAUACAAUUGUGACAGUACAACCGACCAGUAAUCCUUCGUAUGUAGCAGCACCUUGGACGCAAGCCUUCGUUGGUCAUCAAAAAACUCCCAGUUUCAGCGAAGUUCUAAAAGAAUGCCGAGGAAGUGGAGACUUUUACGUUUUAAUAAAUUCUGAUAUCUUAU